GCCUACGGUUCGAGACUUCGAGCUGCACUUAAUGGAAUUAAAAUGUAGUCUAGAUGUCCGAUACAUGAUGGAAAUGGAAAAAGGGUUGGGCAGAGGUUUGGGCAAGUCGAGCCAAAUGCUUCCAUUCUCCAUCCAUUCACGUGGUAGCACAAUUGUUUCAAAUAACUUCUGUCCUCCCUUACCGCUCGUCUGCGUCUUUCUUCUUAUACUGCAACAAGCUUUUAUCUCAUUCUCACCAAACCUCCAUCGGUUCCCGUCUCCUGUCAAUCCAGAACCUUUCAACAUUGCAAAGCAUACCCCCUGUACUAAGCCUUGUAUGUGUCGUGCCGACCACCGUCCGUGCCAUGGACACCGACCUCUCCACUCAGAACGAUGAGAUCGUCUUCAGUUCUACCGCUUCGUGGUCCUGGGAUGGAAACAAUGACGAGCACGAUUCUUUGUCAAACAACGGGCUCGCAAACCAAUAUCUACCUGAUGGGCAGUCGUCGAAGACCAGGAAUAGCGGCCCUAGUCCACCGGCGGCCAAUAGGGCUUCCGUAUCAGUGGCUUGUGUUUCUUGCCGAAGCCGCCAUCUAAAAUGUGAUGGUGGAAGCAGAUGCUCUCGAUGCAAAGCAGAUGGAACCGAAUGUUCAUAUGUGAAAUCUCGCCGUGGUUGGAAAGGCCCGCGGCGAUCCAGGCUACAACAUCAACCGAACAACACUGGUCUUGUGUCGCCGAAUCCUUCGAUCUCUAGGCAACUGCCUGCAGCUAGCGAAUAUGCUCUUGUGGCUUCACCCUCCUCAACUCUUCUGGGCAUCACAGCAUUGUCAGGUAGGGAGCUUGUCUCUGUGAAUGGCCUCAGAACAUCUGAAUCUCCCUCAACUUCGGAACAAGUCAUUCCAUUCUGCCACCACAAGGCCACUUUGGAUGAGCAUUUAUCGCGGCCGGCCAUCAAGCAGUACUACGACACCUUCGCUCCAGCUCAUCCAAUUUUACCACAUCGGGAGCUGACAGCCGAGCUCAUACAGAGACAUGGGCUGAAACACUUGGAGGUAGCAAUGCAAUACGUUGCUUGUCGUUACGUGUUUCCAUCUGAGAGCGAAAAGCUCAAGAACGAGCUAGGACUGUUGUUCUCCAAUGGAGAUCCACCUCGUGAUGGCUUCACGGUGCAAACUCUUAUUUUAUUUGCAAUAGGCUUGCAUGCCAACGAUGAGCCGGCUCGUGCACUGGAGGCGCUGGACAUGGCGAUCUCAAUUGCGAUAGAAAUUGAGAUGAACUACGCUCGAUUUUCGACAAGCGCAGGUGAUGGGGACAGGGUUCUCGAGGAGAGUUGGAGGAGGACCUGGUGGCAACUCUUCGUUCUAGAUGCAUUCUUUGCUGGAAUCAACAAGAAAUCAGACUUCAGAUUGCGAAUCGUCGAGACGGAUGUGCCGUUGCCAUGCGAGGAGAAAGAGUUUACUUCUUGCCGUAUACCUCCAGGCCAUACCGUGGACUCAUUUGAGUCUGACAUUUUUUCGAAUACCGACAAAUGCUUCUCUUCCUUCGCCUACAUGGUUCACGCAGCAAAGAUCCUUGGUUCUGUACUACAGAUCGAUCCAAGCGGCGCAACAGACAAAGUAGUGAAUCAAGUUGACACUGCGCUUUCUGCAUGGAUGCUCAAUCUUCCAUGCUCUAAACGAGAGGUAAUGUCCAGAAGUGAAACUGUGGAUGAGGUACUCCUCCAGGCUCAGAUGAUUAUUGCCUGCGCAAACAUAAUGCUUCACCGUCCCCGUUCCGCCCUCGAAGUCGACCCGGUCGGCGAUAUUAAAACAUGUGUAACUCCUGGUGAGUUUGUGGGCACGACACAAGCACGGGAGGUCCACACCGUGAAGGCCAUAAAGGCGGCCGAAGACAUAUCCGACUUGAUGAAACUGCCUUCACCACUGAACAAACGUUCUCCUUUCUUCACUUGUGCUGUCGUCAUGGCGUCGGUAGUCCACCUCUCGUACUGGUCCUUCAUAGUACCGGAUGGUGAAGAUCUGCCUAUCAAAGAUCUGAUUCGACUAGACACAGGAGCCUUACGACACCUCUCUGAAAUAUGGCCGAUAGCUGGUACCUGUCUUGGUCAGGUGAAGGGAGUUGCUCAAGAGAUGUUUGCCUCGAAGAAAGCUAUCAGUUUGCAUACCUGGAAGAACAUGCACGGCGAAUUCCAGCAUAUGAUAGAUGAGACUGUCAGCAGGUAAUAUUGGUGUAAUAUUGCUUUAACUUUCAAGAUGUUGUUAGUUUCUAGCAAUGGGUAUCAACAUCGACUCAGUAGAUAAUACCGAAUCUACAAUCACAUUUGCCUUGAAUAGAUCAAGAUACUGUUAUCACUAUCUAGGAAGAUGUGUCGUAUUGUAGCAGCCUU